CAAGCAAUACAAAGGCCUUCCAGACGAAAAGGUCUCAUAUCAGAACACCAAACAAAUGUCUAAUUCUGCGUAAUGUCGCUUCAUCAAGUAAAAGGGUUAUUCUUCAUUAUUAUUUUGAAAUUGACGAUUGAGUUGGCAACAUGUCAAGAAUGUGCAGACCAGCCUCCGCCGUUUGGAAUGGAAAGUGGUGCGAUACAAAACAGCCAAAUUACAAGCUCUUCGUUUGCUUCCGGAUAUCCUCCGUAUUCUGCAAGGCUGAAUAACUAUUAUGGUGCCUGGUGUUCUAGUUCGCUAUCCACUGGAGAAUGGCUUCAAAUCGACUUAGGAAAUGACAAAGAGCUUUUAGCAAUAGCAACGGAAGGAUUCUUUUCAUCAUACGUAACAAGCUAUUAUCUUAUGUACAGUUUCGAUAAAACAAAAUGGUAUUGCUUUGGAUAUGAAGGAGUCGCAAAGAAACUGAGUGGUUCUACUGUUUCAACUACACAUGUAUUGCAUAACAAACCUGUUGUUCGCUAUGUUCGUAUUAACCCCAUAACAUGGGUAGGGAAGAUCUGCUUGAAAACAGAACUCUAUGGAUGCCCAAGUCCAGGUAGACCAGUUCAAUCGAGUAUGCCAGAAACGUGUAACGUUUUAAAUGAAAACCCUACAACAUUUCCUCCAACUACGCUYGCACCAGUUGUUGGUGAAACGACUACACUUGCCGAAGGGGUAACUGCUGGAUCAACCAAGUCAACAACUCCUGUAACUACACCAGAGCCAACAACAGAGUUGACGACUACAAUAGCCCCAAUCACAUGGGAACCAAUCGAUUCCAUAAAGAUUCGAGUAACCUCAACAUCAGGGGUUCAAGUCUCAACAGUCUACGUAGGACAAACUGUACUUAUUGGCAUAUUCUAUCAUAAAGGCAGUGAUGUCAUGUAUAACUGGAAUUUUGGAGAUGGUUCAACAAAACAAACUGACGCCGGAACGUUUAAAUACGAAUACAAAGCCGCAGGAAUAUAUACUUUGAGUGUUCUUGGCUAUAACGAAGUUAGCAAUGCUACCAAUCAUUUUCUGAUAACUGUCCAAGAUCAAAUCACUGGAUUGAAGUUUAUUGGAAAGAGCAACGCAAUGGUACCCAAUACAAGCUUUACCUUUCAAUGGAACAUUGAUAAAGGUACCAAUGUUACAUACACGAUCAAGUAUGGAGAUGAAACGCCAGAUACGAAAAUUUCGUCUGUAGAAGUGGGACCAGGACCAUACAGUUUGGUACAUAAAUAUGUUAAUACAGGGCACUACAGGAUUCAAAUAACAGCAGUAAAUCUAAUCAGUACAGCAGUGCCAAUACAUAAUAAAGUUAUCAUAGAAGAUAAACUUAAGGGUUUAAAAGUAAAAUGGGAACUACCUCGAAGAGUGAAAUAUAAUACAAAGCGUUUGUUUAUCGCAGUUGGCGAAGAAAUAACUGUUAAAAUGUCACUGGAAUUUGGUACUGAUCCACUUUAUAAGGUGGACUUCGGAGAGAGAAAGAUAGAUCUUGGCUCUAGAAGUUAUGUUAACUUCCAGUAUUCGUUAAAUGGCACUUAUAGUAUAACCGCAUAUACGUAUAAUCACGUCAGUGCUCUCUCUCAAUCAUAUCCCAUUGUAAUCAACGUUCAGAAUGACGAAAUGAUAUCUGGCCUAAAACUUUCUUCAUCUCCAACUCAAUUUGGGUUCUCAACAUCAAUUGUCCUAUCCGUGAAAAGCGGUACAGCUUUUGUAUGUUACUGGUCUUUUGGAGAUGGACUAACUGCUCUGAGAGAUGUCACCAACUUUAACGACGCAAUGUAUCAUACUUAUGAUUCGGCAGGUUUCUAUGAGUUAAAUGUUUGUUGCGAAAAUAAACAUGGUAACUAUUGUGUUCAAGAUACAGCUGCAGUGCUUAUCCCAAUAAUAUCACCGAGCAUUUCCGCCAUACUAAAACCAAUGAAAAGCAACUCAACUCAAUYAUUUGAAAUAACUUUGAUGAACGGAUCAGAUGUAACCUUUGAUGUUAUGUUUGGUGAUGGAAAGUCCAUUCGCUUGCAUUUACCCAACACCACUGCCCGAGAUCAAGAUCUUCACAUUAAUCACACGUAUGAAAAACCCGGUGUUUACUAUAUGAUGGUUCAUGUGUACAACAAGCUAGGAGGAAUAAGAACAAAGUUAACUGAUCCUAUUAUAGUCCAGAACCCUUUGAGAGCAAAUACGCUCUCUUUGCAAAACAAAAACCCAGUAAAAAUCCCCGACGGAAGAGUCAUUUUUACCCUAGAGCUGCUAGAGGAGGUUUAUCAUCCAACGAAUGUAUCUUGCUUUUGGAAUUUCGGUGAUAAUAGAACCACAGAGAUUCAUUCUAGUGUUACGGAGAAGAUUGCUCACACAUUUGCUGAGAAAGGGCGAUAUAUUGUCCAUGUGAUUUGUAAAAAUAGGGUUAGCAGCAAGAGUAUCAGCACUAAUGUUAUAAUAUACCGUAUGAUAACACCUCAAAUAGCAAUUGAUUCUCAAACCAAGAUUAUUGAUGGCUCUCCACAAAUGAUGUUCUUAUUAUCUGGAGAAAAUGUUACAUUUUGUGUCACCACCCAACCUUACGACAGGUUCUAUAUCUGGUCAGGAGUUGACAGAACUGUUAGUAUUGAAACAAGGCUGGCAUGCAUUAAACGUAUAAUUAACGAGGCAAGACUCUAUAACAUAAAAGUUGUUGUAAACAAUUCCCUUGAAAUCAUGACAAGAAUGGAGUCAUUUCGAGUCCAAAAAGCGACUCAUGGAUUAAAAAUUAGUUCAAAUGGGUCAACUAUCGUGAGAGAGCUUGCCAAAUUAACUUGGACGGCGGAGAUCUUUGGAACAGAUGCCUGCUUCUUCAUAAAUUUCAAUGACUCCAGUGAUGAUAUGAUAUACGGGCCACCAUCUUGCUCCGCCAAAAGUAUACAACUACCACUGCAAGGCGCAAAUAGAGAAAUACUCAUUCGACACAAAUAUAUGCAAGAUGGACAAUAUAACGUUACUAUCAAAGCGAAAAAUAUCGUCUCCUCGUUAACUGCACAAACAUACGUUACCAUUAUUAAGCCUGUUUGCAAAAUAUUGAGUAUCAAAAUAUCAUGGAAUGGAAAAACGAAUGACGAGUUUACAUAUUUGCGUUCAGAGUCAUUUGAGCUGUAUGUUGAAUACAAGAAACAGUGUUACUUCGGAGAGGGUGUCGAUAUUUCAUGGAAGCUAUUCAAAAACUCUAGCGGUGUAGAAACUGCUGUCAACUUGAACUCCCUUCAAACAAGAAGGAAGAAGUAUUUAUCUUUCGGUUCCUUGGAUCUCGCUUACGGCUAUUACAGAGUAGUAGUAACAAUCAAACUUACAGGAAGUGCUUUGCAGGAGAUAUAUGGAGACGUUAUCAACUUUAAAUCGUCUUUUAUCCAUAUCAACCCAUCACCACUUCAAGCUAAGAUUAAAGGUGGUUCAUUUGUUAUGGUUGAUCCCGAUUCUUCGUUUACUCUGGAUGGCGGARGCUCUAUCGACCCAGAUGAAUAUAUCCCGUACUUAAAUCUAAAGUAUAGAUGGUUUUGUAAAAGAAAGCUGAAGCACAGUGAUACGUUUGUUGGCUGCUAUUCUUCAAACAAAAAUUAUUUAGAACCUAUUGGAUUUGACAGACUCUUAUUCACAGUAUCCAAAGAGUUGAUCAGAAAUACRUCGUACCUCUUUACCCUUGAAGUUUAUAAAGGAUCAAGGACAGCUAGGGCCCAUCAAACAGUGUUUGUGACUUUUGGAUUGCCUCCAGCGAUGAAAAUAAUGUGUAUCCCUACAUGUGAUGGUCGACUAAUACCCUCUAAAAGUCUAGUCCUCUUAGGAGAAUGUACAAGUUGUGGUAGCUCUGACGUUUCUUUGGGCUAUAAAUGGGAACUGGCAGAAGUGAUCAAUAAAACACAAAAGCCAAGAAAUACCCUGCCUUCAGAAACGCGUUAUGGAUUAAAUACUGCUCGAUUCGAACUGCUUCCAAAUUUAUUGCCUCCUGGAAAGCAUUUCAUCUCAACCUUAAGUGCAUGGAAACGGGGCGGCUUACCAGGAUAUACAACAUACACAUUUGUAGUUUACAAAAACAGUCCACCUAAAGAUGGUAAUUGUUCAGUAAUACCUGCUCAAGGUAAUGCUAUGGACACAUCUUUUGUUGUCCAUUGCUUCGAUUGGUUAGAUCAAGAUCCGCCAUUGUCCUAUGCAUUUAGUUAUACCCUUGGAGAAGAAACAACGCUUUUGUAUUCUGGAGACCAGAACCAACGUAGUUUUAAACUACCUAUAGCAGAGGGUGCCGAUAAUUCAACCAUAAAUAUAACAUCAGAACUUACGGAUUCGUUAGGGAUGAGUGCUGUGGCAUGGACGACAGUACUGGUCUCAAAGCCAAAGAAAAUAGACAUCUCGAAUAUACUGAAUGUAAUAGGAGGAGGUGCAGGAGGUGGAAUUGGCGGUGGUGGCAGUGGGAGUAGUAAUGGUGGUAGUAAUGGUGGAAGCAGCAGUGGUGGAAGUGGCGGAAGUGGCGCAGGAUCUGCAUCGAAAAAUCAAACAGUCCCAAAGAAGUCAGCGGCAGAGGUAGCACAACUAGCAAAUUUAGUUGCUUAUUCGCUAAACAAUGCGGGAUCUGGUGAUGACAAUGACAAAAAAAAUGAAGAAGAUGUUAACAAAGCUAAACAGCUCAGGCAAACAGUAGCGAGUCAGAUGGAAGACACUAUAAGUGACAUGAAAAAUAAUAACGCUACAAAAAUUACUGAUCUUGAUUUGGUAACCAGCUCACUCAGAGCCCUCACUAAAAAUCCUAAAGAGCUCACUAUGACCGCACUGGGUGAUAUUGCCAAUUCUCUGAGCGACAUUGKGCUUACACUGAAGCGAUUGGCAGAUCUUGCGAGGAAGGAUUCUCUUACAGAAGCUGAAAGACUGAAGAUCAUUCAGCAGAUAAAAAAUGUCGCUGGAAAAAUAUUGGAGACUAUUAGCAACAUUAUGAUGGGAAUUACUGCUUUAUCCGAAUCGUGUAACACCCUAUCGCCUUACGAGGAGACUGUGAUAAAAGUCAAGUCAAUGAUCGCUAAAGUGAUUGACACGCUUGACGAGAUAGCCAUCAUCUUACUCUCCUUUAUGAAAGUCGGAGAUCCCAAGUUUGUGAUGAAAACUGMCUUUGCUAACAUAACCCUGGAGCGAAAUCAUGGACAAAGCAUUAGCGACAGAAAUUACUCCUUUACAAGAGGCUCGAUUGAUCUUCCAAAGACAGACAAAUUAUUGCCGAGUUAUAACAUGUCAUCUGUAGAUGUCAUUGAUUUAAAGAUAAUGGAAUAUAACAAUGUUUACCAAUUUUGUGAAUCUCCCGAAGAUCUGAUAUCCGGUCUUCUUCAUUUCAAUCUUCUACAAGCUAAUGGAUCAAACCAUGACAUUACGAAUACAAAAGAAUUCAUUCAAGUCAACAUAUCACAUUCUCCUCAAGCACUGCCAGCUAGCAAUUUCUCUGAGCGUUACUACGUAGAUCCCCUAAACGGAACUACUAGAUUUCAUAGAAUUAAUUGGACGUCACCAGAAACCGCUGUAAAUAUUGAAUUUCUACCAAAUUCUUCCUAUCUGAUAAAGUGGUAUAUGUAUGUUGUCUAUGGUGAAAAAGUGCUAUCUGGAGAACCGCCUGUUUUAACAGUGUAUUCUUCAAAUGAAACAGACACAAUAUACGUGCUCCAAUUGUCAAGAAACCGUUACAGAGAAACUGGUUUGUAUAAGAUCUACUUAAAAAUGGACCUUUCUGAUGAGRUUGAGGAGCUUUGGAAAGCCGAUCAAGUUAAUAUAUCCUAUAGUCUUGGCAUUUAUCAGUCUGCGUGUUUUUUCUGGAAUAAUAAAAAGAAAGCAUUCAUUUCUGAUGGAUGUAAGGUUGGUCCAAAAACAUCCUUAAAGAAGACUCAUUGUUUGUGUAAACGUUUUGGAGCCUUUGGCUCAUUAGUCAGCAUCAUGAAGAGCGAACUUGGAUUUGAUCCUAUCAUUUUCACAGUACCAAUCAAAAAGCUGAGUCCUAUUGCUAUGAUAAUGGUUAUCCUUGUACUUUGCUUAUAUGCUUUACUGUUUGCUUGGGCUUGGUACAAGGACAUGAAAGACAAAGAAAAAGACGAUGUUGUACACCUCAUGGAUAACCAUCCAAAAUUUAAAUUUAAAUAUGAGAUAAAAGUUUUUACUGGCCUCAGUAAAAAUGCUGGAAGCACUGCAAAUGUGUGUUGCAUCAUAAAAGGAGAAGAUGGUCAAACCUCUGUAAGAGCGUUGCAUGAUAUUGAACGACAAAGAUUUCAAAGAUCGGCUGUAGAUGUUUUUCUUCUCUGUACACCCCUUCAUUUGGGAAGACUUAACUAUCUGGAGAUAUGGCACAAUAAUGACGGGGACGACCCCUCCUGGUAUUUGAUCAAGGUGUCAAUUCGAGACAUUCUAAAAGAUGAAUUAUAUUAUUUCAUGUGCAACCAAUGGUUGGCUGUUGAGCAUCAUGAUGGUCAAGUUAAAAGGAAUUUGCCAGUGGCAAAGAAAGAAGAGGUAGAAUCGUUCAAGCAUUUGUUUACAAGUGUUGCUCGAAAUAGAUUGACAGAAGGACAUCUCUGGUUAUCCGUAUUCACAAGACCCUCUCGUAGUCGAUUUUCUCGAGUUCAAAGACUAUCAUGCUGUUUAAUGUACAUCUAUUGUGCGAUGUUCAUCAAUUCGUUCUUAUACAAAGUUUGGGGACAAGCGGAUCCAUCCAUCACAAUGGCAAUCGGACCACUUCGGAUUUCUCCUCAUCAAAUUUAUGUGACGCUUAUUUGCGGCUUAUUAUUGCUUCCUAUUAAUGAAGUCAUGGUCGGAAUAUUUCGAAGUAUAAAAGCAAAAAGUGAUGACGAUGACGAUGACAACAAAUUGAAGGAUGCGCCACUCCUUUCAAAUGGCAAAGACCUGUUAGAACUUAUUGACUGGUAUAGAAUAGCUGGACAAUCAGAGACAAAGCUGCACGAAGUUGAUUCCAAAGAACAUUUACAAAGCUCUGGUCUAUGUAAGAAAAAAAUGGAUGAAAAAACUUUGGCAGUGCUGAGUGCAUUGCAUGAUGAUGGAAUAGUAAAUUCCCCAAUGGUAACGAUUGGUAUUAAUGAAGAGUCAGGCCAAGCAUUAAAAAGAAAAAAUGCAAGAAAGAGGAUAAAACUUCCAUAUCAUUUUAUAUUUCUGGCAUGGUUUUAUUUCUUAGCUUUAUCAUCGGCCUCAGCAUACUUUGUUGCACACUUUGGGGAGCAAUAUGACGAAGAACUGGCAGCCCAAUGGCUGACAUCUUUUGUUCUAAUUAUAUUUCAAGACAUCGUUAUUAUCAACGUCUUUCGUGUUGCUUUUAUCUCAUUGUAUUAUGCUUUAGUACUUAAAAGGCCAGACGAAAGUGAUUAUGAUAAUGAGAGAAAAGAUGACAAUCCUCAGCAAACCAAUAACUACGAAUACGACAUUACAAAGACGAAGGUGACUUUUCCGCCUAGUAAAGAACAACUUGAUGAGGCAAGAACGAAAAAGCUCCGGGAGAUUCAAAUGGACGCUAUCAUCAAAGAUAUGAUUAUCUAUGUAUUCUUUCUCACGUCGCUUCUUGUUGUAAGCUAUAGCCAUCGUGAUCCACAAGCGUUUGCAGUGGCGCAAAAUCUGAUAGAUUCUUAUAUAGGUGGAAAUUAUGCUGGAAAUGGAUUAAGUCAGAACGAUGGAACCUCAAAUUACUGGACUUGGCUGGAGUCGACUGUACUACCAAGCCUAUCUGCGGCGAAUCGAAGCUGGGUUCCGUUUUGUGAACCGUCGUCGAACUAUUCCAUCGACUGUAACACAAGAAUAAUUGGAACAGCACGCCUGAGGCAGCUUCGUGUUCCACCGGGUAGCUGCGAAAUUCCACCUGGUAUGGAAAUUGUUUCAAGCACAUGCAAUGACUUUUAUUCUAUGUUGAGUGAGGACAAAAGUAAUUAUCUUAAAGGAUGGAUACCUACCAACAAAACAAGAAACGAACCAGAUCCCUGGACAUACCAAUCAAUGUUUGAUAUAGGAGGAUAUCCAUACUUUGGGAUUUUAUCUACUUACAGUGGUGGAGGAUAUAUUACCGAGCUUCACAGUACUGGAGAUGGGAUUAAUGACUUAAAGACAAAUAACUGGAUCGAUCAAAGAACAAGAGCAUUAUUUGUGGAAGUGAGUGUAUACAAUGCACAAGUAGACAUGUUUGGCAUCGCAACGUUUUUAACUGAAUGGAUGCCAACAAAUGGUGUUCUUUAUUUUGAUAAUGUGAAAGCAGCCCGUCUCUUCAUACCAACAGACGCAGCACAGACAGUAACAACUGUUUGUCAGCUAUUCAUGGUUCUAUUUCUCAUGAUAUUUAUUUACGGAGAAUCGAAGAAAGUAUUAAAAGAACGAAAGCAGUAUUUUAAAGAUGUGUGGAAUUGGAUGGAAGUUUUCAUGAUUGUAUUUAUUUUUGGAUGUCUUGGUUCUCUGUAUCAAAGAUCAAAGUCCACAACUAAAGCAAUCAGUGAAAUGCAAAAAAAUCCAGACAAAUUUGUAAGCCUUAUCCAAGCUGCUACUUUUGAUGAGCUUCUGACUUAUUUUCUUGGUCUUGUCGUCUUUGUUGCUAAUUUAAAGCUUUUGAAGCUGUUCAAAUUCAACCAUCGUGUUUUUCUCUUCACUCGGACAUUGUCGACUGCAAGCGACCCACUCCUGUCGUUUAUGUUGGUCUUCUUCAUAUUCUAUAUUGCUUUCUGCAGUAUAUACUACUUGAUUUUUGGGACUAUCAUGGUUGAAUAUAAGUCAAUGACAAGCACAAUCAAAUCUUUGUUUAACAUCUUACUUGGUGGAUUUGAUUUUAACAGCAUGGAAGAAGCUGAUAGGGUUUAUGGUCCCUUACUGUUCUUUUCAUUCAUGAUGAUCAUGGUAAUGAUACUGAUGAAUACAUUUUUGACUAUCCUGAUGGAUGCAUUUGCUGAUGUACAAGGCGAUGAGCACUUAAAAGACGGAGAACUUGAUGUAUUGGAUCACUUUUUGUCUCGAGUAGAAAAAUUUCGAGGUCGAAARGGGAAUAAGAUUGGCCAGCUCCCUAUCGAGAGCGAAAAUGACAUAGAAGACAUUCAAUCUGAAAGCCAAGAUUCAAGUAUUCAAGAAGAAAAGGAGGGGGAAUACGAAGGAGACCAGUGUGAAAAGAAAAAAAAUAUUGAUUUUUAUGACGAUGCUAAAGGCUUUAAUAAUGRCGAUGACGGUAACGAUACUGAUGACGAUGGCGAUGACAGCGAUCCAGAUGACGUGCUAGGGCAGGCAAUUAAAAGAGCAAAGGAUCGGUUGCGUAUUAAACGGAUAGAAAUGUUAAAAUCUGCUUUCAAAUUUACCCAAACUCUAGCAACAUUCAAGCCAAUUGUCAAAGAGAGAAAACUAGAAGAAAAACUGGAUGACAUAACUUCAUUUUUUUGCUGCACUGCCUUGGAUGAACUUGUCCUUGAUCGUGCUUAUGAAGAAAUGGUUAGACAGUAUGUAAAAAAUCUGAAGAGAGACUACUUUAACAGGGAAAUUAAACGCCAAAAUGACUUUGCGACAAGCUGGCAAGCCUCAAAAGUGGAUUUGAAACAGCCAAAAAAUGCAAUUUAUAAGUAUACUAGGCAUGUAGAAGAAAACCAAUCGUAAUCCGUCUACCAUAUUUUUACCGUACCCGGAACUCCUAGCUUGAUUUAAUUGCAAGCCGCGUGUUUUUCCAUCGUUUUUGAAGUGAAAAGAAAAAUAUAAAAAGUAUAAUCUUUUUUAUUAAAGAAUGAGGAUAAUCGUCGUACCUUCUUGAGGUCAAAAUUAAUAUGACUUGGGACCUUCUAGAAUUUAGAACCUUCUUUAUAGAACUACAAUAAUAUCAGUUGCUAUAUUUUUGUUGUUUUUUCUUUUUUACUUCACCAAAAAUUAAUAGAUGGAACUGAAAAAAAUGAGAUGAGAUGAUUAAAAUGAUAGCCAGUAGUUUUAAACACUACAAAUUGGUUAUGUUUUAGUGAGGUGAGAAUCAUUUAUUGUAAUGGUAACCUGCAUAAACCUUUGGAGUCAUUUUUAAAAUUCUCGAAUUCUCGACAAGCAACCCGCCGACCAUUUUUAAAUGGUAUAUUAAAAUUAAUAACUUCAUUUGCUUUAGAAUACUGUAACAAUAAUAUAAUCUUACGAAAUCAGUCUCUAUAGCAAUUGUAAAUAAUUAAUAAUUCCAGUAAGCCAUCGAUUUGUAAUUCCCUUAUCGCCAGCGAAACCAGGAACGCUUUUAAAAAAUUGUAGUACAGAUUUUCGAAAUACUUCACCCAUCGAGACGUAAUUUGAGUCCAU